CAAAUGUUACGUCAUCUUCGUCUUUACGUCAUUACGUUCACAUCGUGCUUAGUAAUUCUCGGUAGUUUAUCAAGCUAUAAUAAAUCAGAAACACUUUGGAAUGUGAACGACAAGGUUGACAACUUCAGUUAAGUUAUAAGAAUCUGCAAUCUAUUGGAAUGUGAUUUUAUGUUUCCAUAUCUGCAACAACAUAUGUCAAUCAAAUAUGGAUCUAAAUGUGACUAAUCAUGUUAAUGUUGUUAAAGUGAUGGACUUGGCAGAUGGUCAUUCUUCAAGUGCGACAAAUUUACCGGAGAUACUUGAGCUCAACGUGGGCGGUUAUCAUUUCACUACAACCCUCUCAACUCUGCAGAAAUAUCCGGGUUCAAUGCUUUCCGCAAUGUUUAGUGGUAGACAUAGUGUGGCAAUGGACAAGAAUGGAAGUUACUUUAUUGACCGCGAUGGAUCGAACUUUCAUCAUGUGCUUAAUUUUCUGCGUCAAUCUGAAAUGCCUCCAUUAUCCGAAUGCAUUAAAGUCUACCAUGAAGCUCAGUUCUACAAUGUGCACCCUUUUAUUGAGGCCCUGGAACUUUUAAAACCAAUUGCUGGGGAAAAAAUACGGAGAACCUUUUUAAGCCAUGUCCCGCACUAUGACGAAAACUUGCACAUUCUGCUCGAAAAAGCGCAAGUGUUAGCCAGCACGCAGCCAGAUCGUGUUUCAAGGCUGCGUGUUUGUAUUUAUAAAGAAGAAGCUGCAUCAACUCCGUAUGAAAACUCUAUUCCACCUCUGGUUCCUGGUGAAUGGAAUCCUUUCAAAUAUCGUCAGUCUCACAAGUGUGACGUGUGUGUGAUCUUUGGUCCGUGGAACGCGACUCCAGACGUAUAUGAUCUUCUUGAUUGCAUUAAACAUGACUUAUCCAUGAAAGGUUACGACGUGGAAAGCCAAUGCAUUGGCGUGUGUGACAAACUUGUAAUCGACCAAUAUUUUUGCAAGCGACCAAUUUAUGAACUUAGAUUUAAAUGGUGGUGAAAUACUGAACAUAUAACAGUGUUGGUGGUGAAACAAGUGGACUGGGUGACCCCAAUUAAAAAUGCUUUUUUUAUUGACAAGGUAGAGGCAAUAGGUGGCAAAAUCAAUAAUUUAAAACUGAUGAAGGCAAUUAGUUUGCUCCUUAGAGCUGGUACAAUUUUUUUUCAUGGACCAAUACCCCUUGCUUAUUUAGAUGUCCUACCACUAAGCACAUAGACUAAACAUUUUAACUUUUCACCAAAAAUGCUUCACACAUUCCUGCUUUUAUCUUUGCAAUCUUUUCACCGCUUGCAUUCCAUAGACGUAGGGUACAUGCAAUGCUGCAGUGUGCUUUAUACAGUAAUUCCCAAUCAAAGCUGUUAACAUCCUGUACAAAAACCUUGCCCAAUUCAAAAGUGUUCCAUUGAAUGUUAGCAGUGCUAUUCUUUAUUCUUAUAUUUAAAAUUAAAACAAUCAAAUUAUUCCUUUUAAAAUGAAAGUAAUUUUCACUGUGUUCUCUUCCUAUCUAAAGUUCCACUGUGACUUCCUAACUUCUUCUGCUCCGCUAAAUAAAGCCAGAUUCUCUUUA